AUGCCUCUCCGAUUGAUUGCUGAUCCAGAAAAAUUCCGUUUGUUGAGUGUCGAGGUCUGUGUAUUGUCAAAAUGUCCAGAUAGGGCACUUGAACUGCUGCAUGGAUGGACACGCCGUGAUAUUAUACAGAUAUUCUGUUCUGAAUUGUGCAAAAAAAGAAAAUAUGAAGAGAUGUCAAAACAGUGGAUACUAAAUUAUCUCUUCUAUGCUGUGAAUGAGAAGUCAUGUGGUCAUGGGAAAAGUAUGAAGAAGUCAGGCCCUGAGCCGAACUCAAGUGACAUGCAGUUACCUUACAAAAGACUGAAAACGAUUGUUGUUCAAGCACUUCCAGAUAUUGCAAAUGCUCCAGUAACAGCUGGUAUAAGUGAACCAACAAACAAGGCACACCUUUGUGAAAAUUCAGCUUCUACGGCUGGUCUUGUUCCAGCAGAUAAAUUUUGCAAACGUUGCUCAUGCUGUAUUUGUUUUAAGUACGACGACAAUAAGGAUCCUAGCCUCUGGCUGUCCUGCAAUUCAGACCAACUCUUGCAGGAAGAGUCAUGUGGUUUUUCAUGCCACCUAGAGUGUGCAUUCAGGGAUGAAAGAUCUGGCAUUCUGCAGUCAAAGAAACUUGAUGGCGGUUAUUACUGCACCCACUGUGGGAAACAAAAUGAUUUGCUUGGGUGUUGGAAGAAGCAACUAUUGGUAGAAAAAGAUGCGCGGCAGUUGGAUGUGUUGUGCCAUCAGAUAUUUCUUAGCCAUAAGAUCCUCAUAUCCACUCAGAAGUACUUGGUCCUCCAUGAGAUCGUGGAUACAGCAUUGAAGAAGCUGGAGGGUGAGCUUGGUCCCAUUACUGGCCUUCCAGCCAAGGGCAGGGGAAUUGUUGCCCGUCUUGCUGUAGGCACUGAAGUUCAGAGGCUUUGUACCCGUGCUAUAGAGACUCUGGAAUCUAUGUUAAAUGGUGCAUUAACUGCUGAAUCGCAAAUUCAGAGAUUGAUUGCUGAUCCAGCGAAAUGCCGUUUGCUGAGUGUCGAUGCAAAGAGUGAAUUUGUCUGAAUUGUCAAAAUCUCCGGAUAAAGCACUUGAACUGCUGCAUGAAUGGACUACC